GCACUUAUUAAGGCUCAUCUGCAUUGGAUCACCAGUUCAGAGAUCACAGUUUGCUCCUAGUAAACCCCUGAAGAAGGAAACUAAGAUAAAUCAGCAUGCCUACCAGUCUGUGUGGAACAUGGGACAUGAUCAGCAAUGUCAACUUCGACGGCUACAUGAGUGCACUUGGUAUCAGUACUUAUUUGAGAAAGAUUGCCCUGCGGCUGAAGCUGAAAAAGGUGAUUGAGCGGCAGGGAGACCAGUAUAUCAUCAAAACUCUCAGCACCUUCAGAAACUAUGCUAUCUCCUUCAAAAUCGGUCAAGAGUUUGAGGAGUUCACAAAGGGACUGGACAACAGGCACAUCAAGUCGACAGUGACAUGGCAGGGGAAUAAACAAAAGUGUGAGCAGAUUGGAGAGAAGAAGAACCGAGGCUGGGCUCACUGGGUCGAAGGCGACAAGCUCCAUCUGGAACUGUACUGUGAUGGAGAAGUCUGCAAGCAGGUGUUUAAGAAGAAUGUAAACGAGUAAAGAGGAAGGAGAUGUUUAAGGAGAAUUCGCUCGGUGCUGGAAGACAGCAUGCGUCCGAUCCACAACUGCUGACCCUGAAGAAAAGAAAGCCACACCAGUCUAGAGACUGUGUGUGGGGGGACUCAGAUCAGGAACAACAGAUGUAGCUUUUUUAAGAUACAAACUUACCCCACUAGAUGGCACCACUACACCACUUUUACACUGCAUACUGAAGCUACAUUCAAGCUUAUAAAAUGAAGCAUCAGGAAUGUUUCGUAACUUGUUUCAGCUGGCUGAAAACAGAUUAAAGGUGCUUUUGGUUUUUCUCUUCGAAAUUCCUCCUUGAGAGCUGUUCUGUUCAAUUUGCAUUUAUUGUUUUAAAUGUAAAACUCUUAUUCAUGUAGAUAUUUUUAAAAGAAAUGUAAGAUAUACUAAAAUAUG